AUGAUUUACCAAGGCAUGAGUAUGGGGCCAGAAGAGCAUGACUCCGUUCAUUCAGCUAGCACGGGAUUAUUCUCGGGCCCAGACAUCGCGGGGCAGGUGGAGGAGCUUGAAAAGAGGGUAGCACAACAGGCAUGCAAGGACUUGACGCUCGCAGCCGCCGCCGGCAAGACCUCCGACGUGGUAAGGUCCAUUGAGCUAGGAGGGGAUGUGGACACGACCCUCAACACUUUCACCCCGCUCAUGCGCGCGGCGACCUGGGGUCACGUCGACACGCUGGCCACCCUAAUCGCCGAAGGCGCCGACAUGUUCGCAACGGAUAGGCAGGGUCGGACAGCUCUGGACUGGAGUCGCAUCGCGCGACGCGACAAGGCGGCUCGAAUUUUGGAGCGGGCGAUGGAGAACGAGAUUCGAUACCGCAGAGAGGCAACCAAGGCAGUUCGAGGCGACAAGGAGCUGUGGGCUGUGAUAGAGGCCAACGCGAGGCACGCCCGCGAGGUGGCUCACGCAGUGAACGCUCGAGACCUCAAAGAGGUUAAGCGAAUCGUCGAUCGGGCACAGCUGACCCGGGACAAGUUUGUGUCCGUGUGCGAUCGCCUCGGGUUUCGGAGAAGAGAAGAGGCGAACGAACGAGCGAGAGAGAGUAGUUGUGGUGGCAGUGGUGAGGCACCAGCAUCCACCGUAGAACAAGCAUUGAGUGUUUGUCCGACUCCACCGACAGCUGCGGAAAAACCGAGUGUUGCAGCACUAGCAACGCCCUGGACAGCUGAAGAUGGCACCGAACCGAACGACGGUUCGUUGCUAAGAAGAAUUCCGGUAUUCUUUCUCGAUGCCGAGGGGCGAGGGGGCACAACGGCGCUCGCGCUGGCGACGAUCGAAAACGAUGCCGAGACGGUGCGGCGUCUCAUGAAGGAGGGAGCGGACCCUGGUGUCGAAGCGAGCAGUGGCCACACAGCUCUCAGCUGGGCAGCCGUGUGCGGCUUCGACCUCGUCGCGGCCGAGCUGCUUCUUGGCAACAACACCAACAAGCGCAGCCGCAGCAGCAGCAGCAGCAGCAGCGGCUCGUCGAGGUCGGGGCCGAUGCAAGACGCGAUCAACGCAGUAACGAGGAGUACUUUGGUCGAGGGGAAGACAGCGCUGCACAACGCGGCCUUCAAUGGGAAUUCCGGGGUUGUCGUGCUCCUGUUAGACCGGCUUCGGGAUCUUCUGCUGAGGGACGGAUUCGCCAAACCACGACAAGCUGAUGGGGCUGGGCCCGGCCUCGGUUGGUUCCACCCUUUCCGCGACUUCGUGCGGCGGAAAGACAACCAAGGCUUGACAGCCCGUGAACUUGCUCAACAGGCUGGGUACGACGAAGUGGUCACCUUGCUGGACAAUGCCGACGGGAGGAUCGAGGUCUGGGAGGCCGGAGAGCGUGCACAGGAACAUGCUUCGGAAAGGGUAGAGUGCGGUAACGAGGGCUGCCGACACCGUGACCGGCGCGACCGCAUGGAACGCCACGAGAGGACCGAGUGCCCCCGCCGCCCGGCCGGCUGCCCGGCCUGCGGAAAGAAGCUGGCGGCGGGGGACCUGCCGCAGCAUGAGGAGAAGGAAUGCGAGAAGAGAAUGGACGCCUGCCCCAACGCCUUCCUCGGGUGCUACGACGUCAUGCCGCACGAAAGAAUCUCGGCACACAUCAGACACAUGUGCAAGUUUCGUCGCGUCGACUGCCGACGCGGCUGCGGGGCAUCCGUGAUCGCGCGUGAUCUGGACAGUCACGAGCAGGACCACUGCAGGCUAAGCAAACACCCGUGCGUCUUCGGCUGCGGGGAGAAGAUCACAAAAGCCAAGAUGGACGCUCACAUCAAGAAGGACUGCCGCAAGCGCAAGGUCCGCUGCAGACUGGGGUGCGGCUCGAACGUUGACGCCGGGGAGCUGCAGCACCACGAGCAGGAGGUUUGCACGCAGCCGUGCCGCUGGGAGGGGUGCGGGGAGCGGCUGGGGCCCUUGGUGCGGCGGGAGUUGCACGAGCAAUCGCUGUGCCCCGAGCGUCCCGCGGAAUGUCCCCACGGCUGCGGCAUUAGGUAUGCGUGUUCGUCCGUGCCGUGCGCUGGUUCUUGUAUUCACCCUCUCGUUAGCAUCGAGGGCGCCUAA